GUCGCUGACUGAAGUUCCGCUUCCGUCUACAUGAGACAAUUUAACUGCUAACCGAAUCACGUCAAGCUGACGGUUACAUGCCAUUUGGUCAACCCGCCGAGUGAACGAAGACGAGGAAAUCUUUCUGUUCAUGUUUCGCCAAGAGGUCAGUGUGACGUCAUACAUUCCAUCUUGCUCGUAUCUUUUCCAACAAGACAAGAGGAAUAUGUCCCGGUACAACAUCUACAGCCUGCUGGACUGGAUCUACGGCGGGGUGGACCCCAAGUUCGAGGGCAACGGGGGGCCCGAGUGUGCAGCCUUCAUCGCGCCCCAGCAGCGGCUCGUAGAGACUCUGCUCAUCGUGCUCAUCUUCCUGGUGGAGAUCGGCGUUGCGCUCAGGAACAUCAACGUCUCGAAAGAGUUCAGGGUGGUCGGGAGGGACAGCGUCAGAACGAAGGAGGACAGCCUGGGCAAGAACCUGUUGCUGGUUGCUCUUUGUAUGACUUUUGGGGUGGAGGUCGGGUUCAAGUUCGCAACCAAGACGGUGAUCUAUCUGCUGAACCCCUGCCAUGUCGUGACCAUGAUUCAGAUCUUUUUGCUGGCCUGCCCGCCAUGUAAAACAGCCAUGGUUGUGUUUAGGCUGCAUGUCCACAUGUUGAAUGGGGCCUUACUGGCGUUAAUGUUCCCUGUGGUCAACACCAGACUGGUAAGUAGACAGUUAUUUUAUGUCCAAAGAUCCAAGAUGUACCUGUUGACUCUGUUUGCAGGCACAUACAAGCCCGAGCCCCUGGGAGACAUGUGGUGGGCGCUGCUCUCUACUGGUAUCCUGUUUCUCUACCACUUCCUCUUCCUGCAGAUUCUUGGCCUGGCGACCGAGGUCAACCUGAACAACAUGCUGUGUCCGGCCGUGUCCGACCCAUUUUACGGGCCCAGGUACCGGGUGUGGGCCACGGGCCACCAGACUCUGCUGACCCUCCUCCAUGGAAAGCUCCUCACACUCCUCUCCCAGUACAGCGGCUCCGUCUGCAGUUACGGGCUGGACACGCUCCGACUGCGCAGCAAGAAAGUCAACUAACGGUCCAGCGUGGG